GGCCCGAGCGGGGAACAGCACUCCCAGGAUGCAGUUUGUGUCAACACGGCCGCAGCCUCAGCAGCUGGGCAUCCAGGGCCUGGGGCUGGACAGCGGGAGCUGGAGCUGGGCCCAGGCUCUGCCCCCGGACGAGGUGUGCCACCAGGAGCCGGCGCUGCGCGGGGAAAUGGCCGAGGGAAUGCCGCCCAUGCAGGCUCAGGAGUGGGACAUGGAUGCUCGGCGACCGAUGCCUUUUCAGUUCCCGCCCUUCCCGGAUAGGGCACCUGUCUUCCCUGACCGCAUGAUGCGAGAGCCCCAGCUGCCCACGGCAGAGAUCUCACUCUGGACUGUGGUGGCUGCCAUUCAGGCUGUGGAGAGGAAGGUGGAUGCCCAGGCCAGCCAGCUGCUAAAUCUGGAGGGGCGGACGGGGACGGCCGAGAAGAAGCUGGCGGACUGCGAGAAGACGGCCGUGGAGUUCGGGAACCACAUGGAGAGCAAGUGGGCCGUGCUGGGGACCCUGCUGCAGGAGUACGGGCUGCUGCAGAGGCGGCUGGAGAACAUGGAGAACCUGCUGAGGAACCGAAAUUUCUGGGUCCUGAGGCUGCCCCCGGGCAGCAAGGGGGAGGUGCCCAAGGUUCCUGUGACGUUUGUCGACAUCGCCGUUUACUUCUCUGAGGAUGAGUGGAAGAACUUGGACGAGUGGCAGAAGGAGCUUUACAACAACCUCGUUAAGGAGAACUAUAAAACCCUGAUGUCCCUGGACACGGAGGGUGCAGUGCCCAAGCCGGAUGCCCCAUCGCAGGUGGAGCCCAGGGAAGAGCCUUGCGUGUGGGAGCAGCGUGACCCAGAAGAGAGAGAAAUCCUAAUGGACCCAGACGCAGGAGCAGAGCCGCUGGUGCCUGCCCAGGAUUCGUCCUCGCAGGUGAAGCGGGAGGAAGCACUGUGUGUCCGGGGGCAGCGGGGCCUGGAGGAAAGAGCCAUCCCCACAGAGUCCAUUACUGACUCACCGGCCUCUGCCCAGGACCUCUUGUCCCGGAUUAAACAGGAGGAGCACCCAUGCGUGUGGGAUCAGCAGGAUCUGGCGGAGAGAGAUAUCCCAACAGACCCCAAUUCAGAGUCUCUGAUCUCAGCGCAUGACAUUCUGUCGUGGAUCAAGCAGGAGGAGCAGCCGUACCCGUGGGGCCCGCGCGACUCGAUGGAAGGAGAGCUCGGAUUAGAUUCUGGUCCCAGUGACAGCCUGCUGCUGGUGAAGAACCCGCCGCCCGCCCCGCAGCAGCCGCCGCCGCCGCCGCCGCCGGCGCCCGCCCCGCAGAGCCUGCCGGUGCUGCCCGCGGCCGAGAACGCGAACGCGCCGGGCGCCGGGCCCCCGGACGAGGGCUUCCCCGCGCUGGCCGGGGAGCGGGGCGCGGGCGGGGCGCAGGCGGGGCACGGGGGCGCGGGCGGCGGCGGAGGCGGCUGCGCGGGGGGGGGCGGCGGCGGCGGCGGCGGCGGCUGUGGCAGCUGCUGCCCGGGCGGCCUGCGGCGGAGCCUGCUCCUGCACGGCGCGCGCAGCAAGCCCUACUCGUGCCCCGAGUGCGGCAAGAGCUUCGGCGUGCGAAAGAGCCUCAUCAUUCACCACCGCAGCCACACCAAGGAGCGGCCGUACGAGUGCGCCGAGUGCGAGAAGAGCUUCAACUGCCACUCGGGCCUCAUCCGCCACCAGAUGACGCACCGCGGCGAGCGGCCCUACAAGUGCUCCGAGUGCGAGAAGACCUACAGCCGCAAGGAGCACCUGCAGAACCACCAGCGGCUGCACACGGGCGAGCGGCCCUUCCAGUGCGCGCUCUGCGGCAAGAGCUUCAUCCGCAAGCAGAACCUGCUCAAGCACCAGCGCAUCCACACGGGCGAGCGGCCCUACACGUGCGGCGAGUGCGGCAAGAGCUUCCGCUACAAGGAGUCGCUCAAGGACCACCUGCGCGUGCACAGCGGCGGCCCGGGGCUCGGUGCCCCUCGGCCUCUCCAGGCGCCGCCGGAGCACGACUAGGGCUGGGCUGGGGGAGGGGAGGGCCCGAGGCCGGAGCGGGGCUGGGGGAGCGGGCCUGGGAGGUGGCCAGAGCACCCCUGAUCCUGCCCCUGGUUCUCUCGGCGCGCCUUCCCUCCCUCCGCCUGCCACCUGCUGGA